AUGGGUCUUAAGAUUUCGAAAGGAAUCUUAUUUUGUAGUAUAUAUUUGAUCAUGAUGCUGAGUUUCUCUUCUGCUUCUGUUGUUCUGAUUGGGACAAAUUUCACAGUCAAAUUUGAUGAUAUUGAAGCUAAUUUUGCACCGCCUUUGGGGCCUACUGGUAUGUGUGGAAGAUUGUACAUGGCAGAGCCAAUAAAUGCUUGUUCACCAUUGAAGAAUAGUGUUGAGCUUGAUGGAAAUUGUUCAUCUCCGAUUGCAUUGAUUGUUAGAGGUGGAUGUAGCUUCGAGAAUAAGAUUAGAAGGGCGCAGAAUGCAGGUUUUGAAGCUGUAAUUAUCUAUAAUAAUGAGGAUGGUGGUGCUUUGGUUGCAAUGGCAGGAAAUUCUGCUGGUAUAAAUAUCCAUGCUGUAUUUGUUUCAAAAGCAACUGGACAUAAGUUGAGGACCUAUGCUGACCCUGAUGUGGAAGUGUGGAUGUUUGCUAGCUAUGAAAGUUCUGCAUGGUCGAUAAUGGCAAUUUCUUUCAUUUCUCUUCUGGCAAUGUCUGCGGUGCUGGCUACUUGUUUCUUUGUUAGAAGGCACCGUGUUAGACGAGAAAGGCCUCAAGGUCGGGUUCGAGAAUUCCAUGGGAUGAGUAGCCGUUUAGUUAAAGCUAUGCCGAGCUUAGUAUUCACAUCUGUAACGGAGGAGAAUUGCACAGCAUCAAUAUGCGCUAUCUGCCUUGAGGACUACAGAGUUGGAGACAAGCUCCGGAUUCUGCCAUGUCGCCACAAAUUUCACACAUUUUGUGUGGAUGCUUGGCUCACUUCAUGGAGAACAUUUUGCCCGGUAUGUAAACGAGAUGCAAGGACUAGCACUGGUGAACCUCCGGCAUCAGAAUCUACACCAUUGCUCUCGUCCAAUCCAUCAUCUGCUGCUUCUUCACCGUUUUCUUCAUUCAGGUCAUCAUCUGUACGUUCAUCUGCUAUACAAAUAGCUUCACCAAGUCCAAGAUCCCGUGCAACAUCUCAUUAUCCUUCUGUUUCAAGUAGCCCUCAAAUACCUCGUCCUCUUAACUCAUAUCAUAAUCAACAUUCUCCUUCAAUGAGUUUGAGUCGAAGCUCGUUAGAUCUUAGGAAUAUGUCUUCCCAAAGGUCAUAUGCCUCUCAGUUUUAUUCUCCAGGUUCUCUGGGCUAUCCAUCUGCAUCACCUCUCAAUACUAGAUACGUGUCUCCUUAUGUUCCAAGUCCUAGUAAUGCUUCAUCAAGUUAUCUUGGAUCUUCUUCUAUGAGAUACCCAACUCCAUUGCAUUACAGUGAAUCUGCAGCAAGUUUUUCACCAUAUAGUUCUGCACAAUCCCUUCCUGGGUGUUGAUUUAUGAGUGUGUAAAUGGAAAUAAUGAGAUACUGGAUCUGCUGUCUUUAUUACGUUUAGUCAUUUCUAGUCUUUCCACUCAAGUUGGCUACAGUAAGAAAACCUACAUUACAGGUUCAUUACAGGUUAGAUUGCUUCUAUUCAGAUUGUUUUAAGUUAGCAUUCUAUUGCUUUUAAAUUCUUAUGUUCGCAAUUUGGAGCCAGCAAUCUGGGUUAUACAAGCCGUGUUUCUGUGAGUAUCAGUUUUAUAUCUGAAUUGACCGUCAUCAUUAUCACAGUAUGUACAUAUGAAAUAGACUUAGGAAUUAGGCGACAUAAUCGAAUAUGCGAUGGUUUGCAUGAAUGAUGAUGCUUGGUGUCUGAGCUGAUGAGGUCCAAGCAGUCUUUGCUUUGUUUUCUGUAGACAUUCCAAGAGAAUGCCAAGUAGGGUCUGUGAUAUUCUCAUGGUUGAGAUUUGUAGCUAUAGAAUGCGCGAUUCAUGAGCUGCUUCUGCUGCCUUAUGUUAAGUUUCUAGUUACUGACCCCUGAAGUGGGUGGUCUUGUUGCAUUUUAGUGUCACAUUCUUACCUGCUGGCUUUUAGGUCCCCAAGAAACUUCACCAUAUAUUUUCAAACAAUUUGGAUCUAAAGGGGAAAAAGACAUAAUUGGCUUCCUUCCCUUUGGAUUGAGCACCAUUGAGAUUAUUUUGUCAGAGAAUGGUUUAUUUACAAUCACUAUUUUAAAUCAAUACUAGUAGAUUUUGUAUGUCUCUCUAUUGGAUAAUUUACGUUUUUCCCAAUUUUGGACUGAAUGAGAGACUAUUUGGUAGCACAAGAGACAUUUCUUCG